ACAGCAGCAGACAAAGAAGAAGAUGAAGCCAGAGAAGGUUUGGAUUCCUCAGGUGACAUGUAGAGUGUAGAUUCCCUCUCUGACUGUAGUUCCUGUAAAACAGCUUCUCAGGACAUUUAGUGUUGAAAUGGAGUCAUCACUUCUGGGAUUGAUUCUUCUUUAUUCUUCCUAAAAGCUUCAUAUUUAUAGAAUUAGAAAGAAAUGGAAAAUGUUCCCAAACACACAUUUUCACCACAAACGGAUCCAUCAGGUUUCCUGCUUCGUUUCCCUGACAACAGUGAUGUUACGGCCGUUCCUGUUCCUCAAAUUAGUUCUGCUUUUACCGUCUUCAUGUUGCAGCUUCUUUUCUCCGUCUGAAGGUGUUCCAGAGUGACGGCAGCCUGCAGACUCAGAGGACCGGUGACGGAGAAGCAGCCCAGGAUUUUCUGUGUUUCUGCUUAAACCCAGACAGCAGAGAUCUGUACUGGUGGGAAGAAGAUGAGUUUCUUCCUGGAAUGAAGCCCAGCCUGGUAACUCUCCUCUCCUUCCUGCUCUACAAACACACAUUUCCUGGUUCCUCCCUUCAGAUCUGCACUCUGCAGACGGCUGGAAGAAGCUGACAGGAACCCGUUCACUGCAGGAACACAUGAUUUGGAGAUCAGAGCUCAGACUAGUCUCAUGAAAGAGGAAGUGAAAGUCAAACAGUCUGUGUGAGCCAGAGGAGAAAUGGAGCAGCUGUCAGAACCAGAACCAAAGACCAGAGACGGAUUCUUAAAAUUUUCAAGAGAAAUCACUCUGGAUCCAAACACAGCAUUCAAAUAUCUGUUGUUAUCUGAAGGGAACAGAAAAGUAUCAAGAAUGGAAGAAGACCAACAUUAUCCUGAUCAUCCAGAAAGAUUCACUGAUCAUUGUCAGGUUCUGAGUAAAGAGAGCCUGACUGGACGUUGUUACUGGGAGGUGGAGUGGAGAGGAGGAGUUUGUGUAUCACUCGCAAAGAAGAAUAUCAGCAGAAACGGAGACUUAAAUGAAUGUGGAUUUGGAUUCAAUGACAAAUCUUGGUCUUUAUAUUGUUUCACCAACAGAUAUUCAUUUUGGUACAACAACAUCUCCACUGACGUCUCUGGUCCUCAGUCCUCCAGAAUCGGAGUCUAUCUGGAUCACAGAGCAGGUAUUCUGUCUUUCUACAGCGUCUCUGAAACCAUGACUCUCCUCCACAGAGUCCAGACCACAUUCACUGAGCCCAUACAUGUUGGAAUUUUUCUGUCAGAUGAUGAUGGAGCCACUGCAGAGUUCCUUAAAGUCAAAUAGAGUAAUUCCAGAGUCUGAGGGUCAGUUCAUGUUCAGCCCUGAUUUAAGUUCACGACACACGACCGUUCAAAAGUCUGGAUCACUGAGAAAUGUCCUGAUUUUAAACAGAAGAGAAGUUUUUGUUUCAACUUUAACUCAUUUAGAACAACUUUAAUUCAUUUAGAACAACUGGGGGUGUUUCUGAGUUCCACCCAUUCCCUCCUGCUACAUAUUUAGGUCAUGUGAUCCGGUAUCCGUACAUAACGUCCACAUGCAUGACACACGCCUGUGCUCAGCUCAAGGUCAUUGUGUUUGUGGGUUCAUCUGUAUUAAAUGGACACAUUCUAUGUUGCUGUGAUUUCUGAUCAUCAAUAACUAAUAAUCAAAUGCUGCAUUUCUGACAAUGCCAUAUGGGGGAAUGAGCAGCCUUGGAGGAGGACUGACCUCUGAGUGCUUUUCUUCUUUUCUAAAUAUUUCCCUGUUUUCUCAUUUCACCUUCUCACAAACUAUUUAGCAGCUUAAAAAUGUCCUGAAAAUGUAACAGUGAAGGACUUUUAACGUCCUUCUGAAUCUGAUCUUUGCUUUCCUUUCAUUUACAUUCAUGUUUCUUCAACCUCAUGUUUAGUGAUGCAUUUAAGGAACCAGCUGAGGUGAAGGAAAAAUCAGCUUUUUCUUCAAAUGUGCACUUCAUUUCUCUUUCACAGGGAUAUAUAUGUACAGAAUGUGUUGGAUUUGUAUUUUAUUUUGUUUUUUCUGGGGACAAAUAACGACAUUUUAUUGCAGUCAGUCAUCAUUUAAUAAUCUGAUUUGGUGAUUUUUAAUUUUGUUGGUGUGUUUUGUUUAGUUUGUGUUUCAGCUUCAUGUUAAUCUGCAA